AGCGCCCCCUUUGCUGAUGCAACGAUAUCUAUGUGGACUUUUUGGUCAACCAAGUGGUUUGUCCUGUCCCUGACCUUAUUUGGUAUGUGGAUCAGAUGGCAGCCGCUUCAGGGUUCUUUGCUAUAUCCUUGUUUCGUUGUAGCUACUGAGCACCAUGGCGCUGCUUCUUUUGUAACGUCUCGCCAGCAUUUCCGUCGUACGUCUUUGAAGGAGGGUGUUACUUCUGUUUCACCGUUAGAGUACAAUUACAAUCGUGGGCGUCGUCAUACUAUUGGUGGUAACGUUGAAUCAGAGGACAUUAGUUUCCGUGACUUUGCUACUGCAGAGUUGGACUUACCUAUUCUUGAGGAAGUUUACCAGCCAUCAUUCAAGGAUCUAUUGAUUCCCGACAAUGAGGAUAUAGUCAUUCACAUAAGUGAGCUGCUUUUGCAGUUCAGUGCUUUGACAGACUCUCCGAAGCGUUAUGUUGCUGUUAAUGCACUUCGUCUUUUGGUUCAGAAUCGUCCCGAGUGUCUUAAGACUUUGAAGGAUAUGAAUGGCGUCAAUGCUUUGGUUGACUUGCUUCAGCGUCGUUACCAGAGCGGUAUAUGGAACCGUAUUAGUGGUUACAUUCGUUCUAGGUCUUCUAUGAUUACUUAUCCUAUUAAGCUGAUGGAGGCUAACAUAUUGGUCAUCUUGCUGGAGGCCGUUAAGCGUGAUGCCGAGCUUCGUCAGGUGAUAUCUCAGAACAAGUCUUUGAUGAGCCACUUAUGUAACCUGUUUGUAUUUGGUGAUAAGCACACUGAGGCUCCCACUUCUCCUGUACAAGGUCCAGCUCCUCAGGAAACGGCUUCUCUCCAGGACGUAAAGGUUUCGGAGAGUACCAGUACGUCUUCUGGUAGCUGUGCAUCUUACAAUGGCAACUCGAAUGCUAAGGUGGCUCCUCCCAGCCCUCCAUCUCAUACAUCCUCCAUUUCGCGUGAAUCUGCUAAUGCGGAUGCUGUGAAUGCUUGGACUACAAAGUCAUUGAUUCGUCAACUUAUUGCUAAUAUGGAUGUUACCAAUGAUGAAGAUACUAGGAAUCAGCUUAACAAGAUGCGCUCCACUCCUGGUGCUGACAAGAAUGCGAUUACUGAAUUAAAGAACAUUGUGAUUCGUGCUGCUGCUGACACCAGGGCGCGUGCUAAUGCUGCAGCUUCCGGGUCUAGUGGUGCACCGUCUACUUCUCCCGAUGCUAAGGAUAACCAGUCACCUGGUGCCGUUAGUCCAUCAGCCACUGAAGGUAAUCAAGAAGUGUCUAAGCCUGUGGUUACUACCGCGACUCCCUCUAAACCCGACGGUCCUUUCGCUGCUUUUGCUAAGCUUGUUGAUCAUAAGCACUAUGGUAUUAACCGCGGCGGCAAAUCUGCAAAGGUUGAAAAGAAGGUUGACAAUGGCCCCCGUCUUUUGUGGAUUCCAUAUUGUAUAUCGAAGACGGAGAAUUUGCAAGAUGCAAUUCGCCGCAACCUGCGCAUAAGCCUGGGUGAUCACGUGGCCUCCAAUAUUGUAGUUGAUGGACUCAAUGACUUGACUCUGGAAAGAUCGGGUAAAAUCCACCCUGAUUUGGUUUACGGUAUGUUAUUGUUAUGCCGUCCAUCUCCUGCUUCCGGUAUAAACAGUUGUUUGCCAACCAUUUCUUUUUCCAGUGACAGUCGCCGCAAAGUACCCAUUGAACGUGACCAUGGUGCAUACAUGGUCGUAUCAAACUUGGAAUUGGUCGAGUCCAAGUACCUCAACGGUCUUAUGUUGGUUAAGAAACUAUUAAAUCAGCUUAGCAUUGCUACCCGUUUGGUUGAGAUCGACGACAUCUUAAAGGAGCUUUGGACCUUAAUUGGUGCUAAGAACAAGGACAUGUUGGAUUUUCUGUACGAGCACUUUGACUUGAAGUACCUUGCCAAGCUCAUUGUUAUUGCUGACAAGUACGCUCAGAUUGGUGACCUUGCAGCUAAAGAUAAGGACAGCGACCCGUUGAAAAGUCUAAAGGAAACAAUGACUACUAUUUCGGAUUUCUUUGAAAAAACCUUUGACAAGGCCACCAACAUAAACUGGAAGGACCUUUUCCAGUCUCCUUUCGCUAAGAAAGAUGAAUAUGAAACUGGAAGUCUGACCAACAUUAAGAAUCACGAGACAACCGAUGUGAAGCUAACAAACCAUAAGUACAAAUUAGCGCUAGAGGCCAUAGAGAAUGGCAAUGUAUCUAGGAGCAUUCAAACUACUAUUUGUGGUAUGUUGAUAGACAUGGUCUACUUCGACGGUGUGCGUACUUUGGCUGCCAUCCGCAGGUGUGACGAGUUGGUUGCAUCUCUGAAAGCCAUGCGCAACAAGUUGCCCAAGCCUAUGAAGAUAGCCGAUGUUUUAGGUGGCGAGGACAAGCGAUAUGUCCCGGUGAUUGAUCGCCUCGGUGUAGUUUCUAAGACUAAGCUCAUUCGCAACCCUGCUAGAUACAAGGAUGCGCGUUACAUGGAAGAGUUGGCUCAUCAUCAAAUUGACGACUACGGUACUGUAUUAGUUUCCGUGGGUGACUGGACGAAGAAGGCAUGGAGUCGUCAGCCUGUGGUUCCAAGUAAUGUCAUUGGUCCAUUCUUCAACGGCAACAAGUUGUUGAAUAUGAUUGGUGAGCACGAGCAGAACCGUUUCAAGAACCGUGGUCUUCGUGUUCUAUCCAUAGAUGGCGGUGGUUCCAAGGGUGUGAUUGUGCUUGAAAUUCUUUUAGACCUUGAAAAAAGACUAGGCCGUCCAUUAUACGAGGUAUUCGACGUCAUUGUCGGUAAUUCGUGUGGUGGUAUCAUCGGUGCCUUCUUGGCACUUGAGAAGUCGCGUGUUACAGACGUACAACGUUACUUUGACGCCAUGCUUGGCGAUGUGUUUAAGAAGGAAGGUUAUGGUUCCAAGGGGAAGCGUUUGUUCACUCACCUCGCCUAUUACAAUGAGCAGACGUUAUAUGACGCGUUGACGGCGGCUUUUGGCAAUUUGGAGUUGAUUGACUAUUCUGUUGACCCUGAUGCUCCCAAGUUCUGUUGUCUUUCCGUCCAAUUGGACAUUUAUCCAUUCAAGCCUGUUUUGUGGCGCAGUUACAACUACCCACCCAACGCAGAGUCUAAGAAGAACAGUCCUAGGAUAAUUGACGGAACAUUUGCGGUUAAGACUCCCGAUGCUUUGCGUGCUACUUCUGCUGCUCCUACAUAUUUCCCUAUGAUGGAGAUUAAUGGAGCUUUGUAUGCUGAUGGCGCUUUGUAUGCCAACAACCCUAGUGCAAUUGCUGUUAUUGAAUCGAAGUUGUUGUAUCCUGACGUGCCCAUUGACUUGUUGGUGAGCAUUAGUAACGGUGACUGGAACGACAUGUUUUCCCUAGAUGCAGCUACGGCAGCUGCUGCUGGCAUUGAUAUCGCACCUUCCGACACCGAAUCAAAGGAUAACAAUACUACCGAGCGUGUACCUCCAUUAGACAAGAUUUACAACGACAUUGUUUUACGUUCUGGUAUGACUUGUCCUCGGGCCACUCAGAAAACUGUGGGUCUCGAUAAGCUGUUAAAGCACAUUAUCUUCUCGGCUACUAAUACUGAGAUGGUGCACUUGUCUCUUCAUGCUGUGAUGGGUGAUCACUACGUCCGUAUAAACCCGUCCAUGCCACUGGUUGAGCUGGACGUCGUGGUUCCUGAAGUGUUGCAGGACCUCAAGGACCGCACUAAGGAGUUCUUGAAACAAGAGGACACCAUCGAAGUGAUGGACCGUAUUGCCAAGGUAUUGUCAUCUAAAACAAGUCCCGAGCAGGCCAAAGGGCCCGCGGAGGACAACGAUAAGUAAAACCCAAACU